CUCGGGUGUCACGCCGUCGAAUAUAUAACACGCCGCUUCUACUAUUGACUUGUAACCAUUUUGAUUUGUUUAAGUAAAAAUAUAUCGUAUUUUUUUUAAUCAAUCGGGAUAUUUAGUAUUUUUAUUGUAUUUUUGCAUUCACGACCAUGGCCGUAUAUUACCUUAUUUGGUAUCCCCUAUGUAGAGAACACUACCCAGUUCACAGCAGAUAGUGAAAUAACUUAACUUAAUGGACGCUGAUGUGGAUUCGUGUAAUUUAAUUUUGCGAAUGCUUAUAUACUUACCUCGUGCACUCGUUGCAACAUUGUUUUGAUGUCGGUUUAUUGGAAACAACAUUGUAAUCAGCAUGUCUGUGGAGAAUGUUUCACCUCUUCCUCCUCCUCCUCCUCCUCCUCCUCCUCCUCCUCCUCCUCCUCCUCCUCCUCCUCCUCCUCCAUCACUGGCUCCCUCAGUGUCCAGCAAGAAGAAGCUUUACCAGGCUUUAUCAGAGGGAAGGGCCCCUGUAGAGGGGGACCAUGAAGAGGCCAGGAUUAUUAUAGGACAGAGAGAAAGCAGUUUUAGGAAGGAUCUGCAAUGGUUGCUGUUCAAUAAGUAUGUGCCUUCACUCAUUCAAGAUGGUCCACAAUGUGGUCUCGUGGCCUUAUGGAUGGCGGCUCAUCUACUUCAUCCUCCAGAGACGCUGGUCAUGGAGACACUGGUCCAAGCCGCAAAACACAACGCCUACACUGAACAAGGAGAGAUGUUUUCUGCCAGUGACAUGGCCAAGCUGGCGGAGGAAGUGUGUGGGUGCAGAGUUCAGAGGUUAUCAGGAGGCAUGAUGGGAGAAAACACCGCUGUCAUUCUGAAACACCUCGCUGGCGGACAGCCUGUUCUUAUACCAUAUGAUGAGGAUUUUAAUCAUGAACCCUGUCUACGCAACGGCCACAAAGCCCACUGGGCAGUCGUCUCAGGUAUAUUACUAGGCUUAAGACAGGGGUGUGUGGACAGCAAACACUUCCCUCCUGACGUCACACUUCCCUGGCUCCAUCUCUCUCAGAACGAGGCCUGUGUCUCUUGGCCGAUGGAGGGCAUUGAAGAGGUGUUUGUUCUGGCGAAGCAGGGGAAGAGUCUCCGUUACCAGCUGUGGAAGUUUGAGGUGCUUACACAGAGCAACAGCCAGCUCAAGGAACUGGACCCUCAGAGAGCCAGCGAUGGGACGCGUUACGUGGUUCCUCUCGGAGGCGUUCAGGACGGUCUGGCAGGACAAGUGCUUUUGCUUCACACAAACACACAGAUGAGCUGAUCAAAAACACCAAAGACUCGUCGUCUUCACACUGGAUGAGCUGUG